AUGAUAUCACCCCCGGAAUUGCAGCAGUGUCUAGCCCUAGUUCCGGACCAGCUAGUGUAAUUGGCAAAUUGGAACGGUCUCACAGCAAUGUUAACUGAUUAAGAUGGUACCUCCAACUUCCGGUCGAUGAAUUGGGACUGGUUAGCCGGUGUUUGAUGUUGAUGAGGUCAAAACAUAUGUCUUGAAAACAGGGCAAGUCUAACAGAUGGCUCCAACUGGCAAAGCCCAGUGUAUAGAGCCCUGCCCGUUGUUUGAGGAUCCACUUCAAUGAGAUUGGACUGAUCGUAAAACCCAAGUUGGGGCAGUCUCAGUAAUCUGCUCCCCAGAUAAUCGGUGCGGUGCUGACGGAACCCGGAAUUCCGGGAGCUGUAGAAAUGAACUGCAACUAUAAAUUCUUGCCGGGUAUUCUAUAUUCCAUCUUCAUUCACCAAACGAAAAACAAUGCCCUCUUUCAUCAUAUACGGUGCAACUGGAUACACUGGCCGGAUGGCCAGCGAACAGGCCAUUCGCAUCGGGCUAGACUUUGCAAUUGCCGGGAGAACAGAGCAAAAGCUCAAGAAGUUGGCAUCUCAACUCCAAGUCCCUUACCAUAUCUUCGACGUCAACCAGUCCACCGUCAUCGACCAGACGCUGAAAAAUGCCUAUGUCCUCCUCAACUGCGCUGGUCCUUACAGACACACUGCCAGACCCCUCAUGGAGGCAUGCAUCCGGACCGGAACACACUAUCUCGACAUCUCGGCCGAAAUAACAAGCUAUCAACAAGCACAAGAACUAGACGAAACAGCCAAGGAGGCUGGUAUCAUGCUUCUACCCGGAUGUGGAGGAAGUGUCGCCAUGCUGGACUGCCUCGCUAGUCAUGCUCUGGAUCGAGUUCGCAACCCUAAACGAAUCGAUAUUGCUCUGCACGUGGCUGGAUCCAUGUCUCGGGGCUCGGCCAUGAGUGCAACAGGGACUGUUGCGGAAACCCUUCAUUUAUUGGAUGGAAACCUGGUGGAGUACGACAUCAGCAACACGGCCGAAUUUGACUUUGAUGAUGGAAACGGGCCUGUGGCGGCAUUUCCGGUGACUCUGCCUGAUCUGUUGACGAUUUCGAGGUCUUCCAAUGUUGACAACAUCCGAACCUUUGCUCAUGCCUCCGGGGGCAGCUUUCCCACUGGAGACCUUGAGAUGCUUCCCGACGGCCCGACAGCUGUUGAGAGGGACGCGGCGCCGUAUCAUGCAGCUGUUAUGGUGACUUCGGAGGACGGGCAUGUCACGCGGGCAGUCUUGCAUACCGUCAACGGAUACACCUUCACGAGUUUGGCGUCAGUGGAGGCUGCAAAACGGGUUCUGGACAAUCAGACGAAACCCGGGUUUCAGACCCCUGCACUGAUCUUUGGAAAGGAUUUUCUCCGGGCGAUACCGAGGACUGAAAUUAAGAUCACGAUCCCUGAAGACGAGAAGCUUUGAUAUUCCGUAUCGGAACCGAUUAUAGAAAUAUUUCUGAGAGAACUGGGUUUCGGCGAAGUAGUUGGCAUCUCCGAGUUGAUGAAAUAAUAGCCAACCUAUAACCGAUCUUUAAAAGUUACAAGACUCAUAUACUCUUGGUAUUGCGUGUAGCGUAAGAAUCGAUCUGAGUCCCAGUUCAAAGUUCUAUGACUGAUUAUGAG